UUCAGUUACAGCAUAUCAAUCCUCAAACCGACUGCCUGACACUCACUCUACCUACACCAUCACCACUUGCCGUAUCAUGCAUCCCUCGGAUGAGUUAACCACGAGUUUACAUCACACCCCUAGCCCCUCUUGUGGCAGCUUUGGCAAGUUGAGGCCCAUCUCGUCUGAUGGGAGCUUGGACAGACUGAGGCCUAUAUCUUCGUGUGGGAACUUCGACAAUUUUUGGAAAACCUCAUCCUCUGGGAAUUUCAGUACGUUUAGACCUACCCCAACCAGUAGAAACUCUAUUACGUUAGGGACCAGUGUGUCAAGCACGGAUUUCGAGGCGCUGAGAGCAGCUCGUUGCAGUCCACAGCGAAAACGUUAUGUAUCUGAGUCCGCCACUAACCUGAGAGAGCAUACAACCACAAUGAGCACCUCACUCGGUUUAGUGACAUUAUUAAAGGAACAUGGGAUAUCUGCAGCCAUGUAUGACCUGAUCUGUAAUGUUGAAGAUGGUGUUGCAGAGGACACUACCACUGUUCAGCAACAGUCUGAUGGAACCAUGAUCAGCAUCCCAACUUCAGGAGCACCGUUGCUCUACCUCUCGAAGCCCCCAUUUGAACUGAGCUAUACCAGCCCACCUCAAAAACCCUUCCUCACCUCGAGUUUGGCCAGGUCGAUGCUCAAGAGGAUGAGCAGUUCAGAGGGUGGAAGGAGCCCGAGAGACACCAGGAACCAAAGGAACAUCUUCAGCUUGAACUUGGUGGAGAAACUGAAGCGACUUGGUUUAGACAAAGUAGUGGCCAGAGGGAUGGUCAACCCUGAGAGCAAAAGGUUAACACGACUUACACGAAGGUUCAGCACAUGACAAAUGGAAAUGGCAAAGCUUCCCCUUCGUCAAUGUGAUGACAGUGGGAGUCUAUUUUUAAUGAUCGGUGUGCAUGGCUCCCUUUCCCCCCAUGACCCCUCCCCUCUGCCCCAUGACCCCUCACAAACCUCCCUCUUCCCUUUCCCUACCUGCCCUGUGUUUUAAAAACUGAAUCUGGUCAUAACGCUCUGCAAUACUUCCCAUCAAUCAGUUCAAGGCCUAUUCCAUCUUCUUUCAGUUUAUUGUGCAUUAAGCAAACUGUUUUGGUUGAUUCACAAGUAAAUUAUCUGUUAAAUGUUCAAUAAUAAUCAAUAAUGGCACGUUUGAAAAGAGAAGGAUAAUGCGAAGUGAUUCGGUGUGAGUUUUCUGCUGGAGGUGGGUGAUGCAGUUGGUUGGUUUGUGUUAUUGAGGGAGGGGUUUUUUACAAAGUAAUCUUUUUGGUGCUUUAACAUUUAGUGUGUAGGUGUCUCCAGUCCCAGUCUGAUCAAUAACAGGCUUCCUGGACAAAUCUGCUCUAUUUUACUCACUACUAUCCUUUGUGGUAUCUCCACAGGAUAUAAAUUCAGUGGAUUUUAUUCCUCAGUAUAGUGAUGUAAUCACAGAGUUCAGCCUGCCUUGAGCAUGCUGGAGGUCGCACUUUAACUUCAUUUGAUGUCUUGAGCCAUUGCCUGCAGCUUCUCUGUCAGUGUUUGACCCCAAGUGAAGUGCUGUACACUCCCAUCAGUAACCGUGAUAACCACGGUCCUUACUUGAAAUCCAAUCUCUGUGGAACAUCUUCUGACCAGUUCUUGAUUUUUCUUGCUUGUGGGAAAGUUGAUAAUUCUCUGGAGGGGGAGAAUGCCCAUGCUUUGGAAUAAUACGCACUUGUAAUUUCUGAAUCUGUCAACAGCCUGUAAAACUUUGAGUUGUUCAGGUGAAACUUGCUGUGUUGUUCCCUUGAAGGAUCAGUACAGGCAAAACAUAACUGGCUAAGUAACUUGCUGCUAGAUUAGUGACUUGAAUUGAACAAUUUGGUACUUGCACCAGGACUAUAAACAAUGACCUAUAAACAAUAACAAAUGUUAUUCUUGACUGUAACUUUCUGCACUUUCAAGGCAAUUCUGAUCGUUUUAUUAUUUUCCUUAAAAUCAGCAAUUUUUGAUUUUUGAAGAAUUCCUUCAAUUUUUGUUGAAUAUUUGCCCUCUGCAAAUCGGUGUUACAACAAAGUAAAAUUGAAGGGGUAUUGUGGAAUUUCUGAAAUUUACAAAUCAAAAUUCCUACGUGUGUUUACAACCCCCUGUCAACAAUUAGAAAAAUCUUCAUAUCAAAGCAAGAUGAAUGUCUGGAUAGUUUAACAAAGUCACAGUGAAGUUUGGGGAGUUUUCACGACCCAGUUGUAAAGGGGGCUUCGUUAUAUAAUCCUGAACCCACUUUGGGCAAAAUCCUUCAAAUUUUGUUUUCAAAUGUUCAAUUAACACCCAGCCUCCGUUACUUUUUGGGAGAGAAUUCCAGAUUUUCCAAUCCACGGUUUGUGUGAAAAGGUGCUUUCUGACAUCAUCUUGAACUUAAAUCAUUGUCGAAUCAUGAACCAUUUCAGAGAAGCAAUAUCGCUUCAGCAGUAUAGUAAACUUUAAUGCGAAAGCAUUGAAUGUCAGAAUGUUGGAACAUUCACUGGGUUUUCAUAUGUUAAUGUUCCAGAGCCCUAACCUGAUUCCAGUUUGGAUCAUUCUGGAAUCUGCAUUCUUUUGAGCCUCCAUAACUGAACAUCUGCAUGAAACAGCACAGAGCCCCUUUCUGAACGAAUUCAGGCAAGUGCAGAUUAUUCUGAAACGUAAUUGCCCUCACCUGCCACCUUCUUCCCAUUUAUCAACUGCCUUUAGUACUGACAUACUUCGGAUUUUGUUCUCAAUUUCUUCCCUGUGGGUAGCCCUGGUCCUUAACCACUGACUUGUUCUUAAGAUUCUGUCUCCAAUCCUUCUUCUCUCUCCCGUCCCCAUAACAGGAAUGCAACGUCAAGACUGAACUCAGUCCUGGAACAUUCUGUGUUUCAUGCAUCCUGCAUGUUUAUUUGCAGUUUUAGUGCAAAGGUAUAUUGUAUUUUAGGAAGUAAGACUGCACAUAAAUCUGACCCAGUUGGAGUUUUGUAGCUGUUAUGCUGCUCCUUUGUUAAGUUAAUGAGAUGUUCCUUUGGAGCUGGAGUUUGCCAGCUAUACUGCAUAGCAGCAAUGCAGCAAAUGUAUAGACAGUAGGUCCUCUGCAUCAGGUGGAAAAGUCAAAGAUAACGUUUAAGCCUGUAAAGAUUUGUAAUUUUUUAAAAAUUAAGAGUAGUAAUAAAGAAGCAGAUAUCAAA